GUGGCACGAUCGCACGACACCCACCUGUGACUUCUAGAAGCACCACCAAAAAAUUGCCCCAAAAAAAAUCUGUCCUUGGACCGUCCGUCUCCCCUUUCCGUUUUCUUCUUCUCAAGAGCCUCUCCGCCUUCCUCUCCCUUCCCCUUCCUUCAACAAUGUCCAAUCGGCUUGACCUCAACAAGCUGGUUGCCCGCAAGGUCUUAGGCAGAGGAGCUCUCGGCACCGUUUUCCUCGUCACCACCACCGCCGACGGCAUCAAUUCUCCUCCUUCCUCCUCCUCCUCCUCUCCUUUCGCCAUAAAAAUUGUGGACAAGGCGACCCUCCAGGGUAAAUUCGAUGCUGCCCGCCGCGCCCGCUGGGAGGUCGACGUCCUCUCCAACCUCCACCACCCUUUCCUCCCUUCCCUCCUUGCCACCUUGGACGCCGACGCCGACGACGACGACGGCUUCUCCGGCUGGGCCAUCCCCUUCUGCCCAGGCGGCGAUCUCAACGUCCUCCGCCAGCGCCAGUCCGACCGCGUCUUCUCCCCCUCCGUCAUCCGCUUCUACCUCGCCGAGCUCGUCCUCGCCCUCGAGUACCUCCAUGCCCACCGCGUCGUCUACCGCGACCUCAAGCCCGAGAACGUCCUCAUCCAAGAGUCCGGCCACAUCAUGCUCACCGACUUCGACCUCUCCAAGAUGCUCCCGCUCCCUCCCGCCGACCUCGUCCAAGCGGUGCCCUCAGACAAGAACCUUCACGUCCCCGCCAAGAUGAUUAACGGCGAUGGGAAUAAUAAUGACAAUGGCGUUCCCAAGAGGCAGAAGAAGAAGAAGACGAGGGGCCACUGCAGAAGUCUGACGAGGCUGGUCACCGCGGCGUCCGCGAAGGUGACGCCGACGGCGCAUGCUGCGGCAAAGAGGCGAAGCACCGUGGUGCCGCGCGUGGCCGCACCUCCCUGCUGCGGCGUGGAGCGCACCAACUCGUUCGUGGGCACCGAGGAGUACGUCGCUCCCGAGGUCGUGAGAGGCCACGGCCACGCGUUCCCCGUCGACUGGUGGGCGCUCGGCGUCCUCGCCUACGAGAUGUUGUACGGCCGGACGCCCUUCCGCGGGGCUAACCGGAAGGAGACGUUCCUGAACGUCCUGACCCGGGCGCCAUCGUUCGUGGGGCCAGCCACAGGGACGGCCGCCCGUCUCCGGGACCUCAUAUUCCGGCUCCUGGAGAAGGACCCAGCACGCCGGCUUGGUUCCGGCGGCGCAGUGGAGGUGAAACGGCAUGAGUUCUUCCGGGGGCUGGACUGGGAGGGGAUAGCCGACAUCUCACGGCCGCCGUUUAUCGUCGAGCAGCAGCCGGAAUUAGAGGAACAAGUCGACAUCAGGGAGUUCUUCAGGAAGCGCAACGCACCAGCAGCUGCGACGCCUUCUCUGUCUCCGUCACCGUCGACCCGGCAGCCGGAACCCGGCGUACCCGAAUUCUGACAACUGUGAUACGGUACGGAAAAAACUUUUGUACAUAGGCAGAAGAAAGUAAAAUAUUUUUGGUGUGGAUGGA